GUCGUCGACCCUCUCCAGCCUUUAUAAGGCUCCAGCGACGCCAGCAUGGCCGCAGAGUCGACGCACUCGGACGUUCCCACAAACGAGAAGGCGGAAGGGCAGCAGGCCCAGCAAGAGCUCGAGCAGCAAAAGCCAAAGAAGGGUAUCUUCUCCAGGAAGCCGAAAGCAGCAGCAACUCAGCUCGACGAGAAGUCAGAUGGCCGUACUGCCGACGCUCCCCCACCAGUGGUCAAGAAGGACAUUCCGCCUGCAUCAUUCACCUCCCUGUUCAGGUUCUCCACUCCCUUUGAACUCUUCUUGGAUGCAAUCGGCUUGGUUUGUGCAGCAGCGGCAGGUGCCGCACAGCCUUUAAUGAGUCUACUGUUCGGUCGACUCACUGAAAACUUCGUUAGCUUCGGGCAGACUAUAAAUGAGGGAGGAGCAGACUUGGCUUCCGCCGCCGCCAACUUCCGGCACGCCGCUGCUCUCAAUGCAUCUUAUCUUGCCUACAUCGGCCUUGGUAUGCUGUUCGCAACGUUCGUCUAUAUGUACGUUUGGGUCUACACUGCCGAAGUCAACGCAAAGCGGAUCCGCGAGCGUUACUUGCAAGCCAUCCUCCGUCAAGAUAUCGCUUACUUCGACAAUGUCGGUGCAGGAGAGGUUGCUACCCGUAUCCAGACGGACACCCAUCUUGUGCAGCAGGGUAUCUCUGAGAAGGUCGCUUUAGUCGUGAACUUCGGCGCGGCGUUUGUGACUGGCUUCGUGCUUGCCUAUAUCAAGUCCUGGCGUCUGGCUCUUGCGCUUUCUUCCAUCCUGCCGUGUAUCGGCAUCACCGGUGCCGUCAUGAACAAGUUCAUUUCUACCUACAUGCAGCUCUCGCUCAAGCAUGUGGCGGAAGCCGGUACUCUCGCGGAAGAGGUCAUCUCCACUGUUCGUACUGCACAUGCUUUUGGUUCCCAGAAGGUUCUUGGGGACUUGUACGACGUCUUCAUCGGCAAGGCUCGCAAGGCUGACAUGAGUGCGGCUUUUUGGCAUGGCGGAGGACUUGCCUCAUUUUUCUUCAUCAUUUACAACGCUUAUGCUCUGGCUUUCUACUUCGGAACGACACUCAUCAACCGUGGCGAAGCGAAUGCUGGUGACGUCGUCAACGUCUUUUUCGCUAUCCUUAUCGGGUCGUUCUCUCUCGCGUUGCUUGCUCCCGAGAUGCAAGCUAUCACACAUGCUCGUGGUGCUGCAGCGAAGCUGUACGAAACCAUCGACCGUGUCCCCACGAUCGACUCGUCGUCCCCUGCCGGUCUCAAGCCUGAGAGCUGCGUUGGUGAGAUCUCGCUCGAGCACGUCAAGUUCAACUACCCAUCUCGCCCAAAUGUUCCGAUUGUCAAGGACCUCUCGGUUACAUUCCCAGCUGGCAAGACCAUUGCGCUCGUCGGUGCAUCUGGCUCCGGAAAGUCUACCAUCAUCUCUUUGGUCGAACGCUUCUACGACCCACUCGAGGGAGCUGUUCGACUCGAUGGCAUCGAUCUGCGAGAGCUCAACGUCAAGUGGCUCCGCUCGCAAAUCGGCCUCGUAUCCCAGGAACCGGUAUUGUUCGCCACGACUAUCAGGGACAACGUCGCGCACGGUCUUAUUGGCACGAAAUGGGAACACGCUUCGGAAGAUGAGAAGAUGGCGUUGAUCAAAGAGGCAUGCAUCACGGCCAACGCAGACGGCUUCAUUUCCAAGCUGCCGCUCGGCUACCAGACUAUGGUCGGCGAACGUGGCUUCCUCAUGUCUGGCGGCCAGAAGCAGCGCAUCGCCAUCGCGCGUGCCGUCGUCUCGGAUCCUCGCAUUCUGCUCCUCGACGAGGCCACUAGUGCAUUGGACACGCAGAGUGAGGGUAUUGUGCAGAACGCGCUCGACAAGGCUGCCGCGGGCCGCACGACGAUCACAAUCGCGCACCGACUCUCAACAAUCAAGGAUGCGGACCGUAUCUAUGUUAUGGGUGACGGCCUCGUCCUCGAGUCCGGAACGCACAACGAGCUCCUUCAGAACGAGAACGGCCCGUACGCGCGCCUCGUGAGUGCCCAGAAGCUCCGUGAAGCCCGCGAGAAGGCAUCGCAGCCUAAGGACGAUGACGGUAGCGACACCGUAGCUGGCCACGAGACCCAUGAAGAGAGCAUUGAGAAGCAGGUAGAAGAGGAGAUCCCGCUCGGUCGCUCGCAGACGGGCACGCGCUCGCUUGCUUCAGAGAUCCUCGAGCAGCGCGGCCAGGGAAAGGAGACGGACAAGGCACAAAAAUACUCGUUCUUCUACCUAUUCAAGCGCAUAGGCAAAAUCAACCGUGAUAUGUGGCCCCAGUACCUCAUAGGGGUUAUUGCGGCAUUCUUGACCGGCUCUGUCUAUCCUUCCUUCGGUCUCGUCUUUGGUAAAGCAAUCAACACCUUUUCGCUCACGGACCCACACGAGCGCCGUGUCCAGGGCGACCGCAACGCGCUGUACUUCUUCAUUAUCGCCCUCAUCUCGACAGUGACCAUUGGCAUUCAGAACUACAUAUUCAGUGCUACGGCGGCGGCGCUGACCAGCAAGCUUCGUUCGAUCGGCUUCCAUUCUAUCCUCCGCCAGGAUAUCGAGUUCUUCGACAAGGACGAGAACAGCACGGGUCAGCUUACGUCCAGCUUAAGCGACAAUCCGCAGAAGAUACACGGUCUCGCCGGCGUCACACUUGGUACCAUCGUUCAGAGUGCGGCAACGCUCGUCGUUGGUUUAAUCCUGGGUAUUGUCUUUGCGUGGAAGCUUGGUCUCGUCGGUCUUGCCUGCGUUCCGCUUGUCAUCUCGGGCGGUUUCGUUCGUCUGCACGUCGUCGUUCUCAAGGAUCAGAAGAACAAAAAGGCGCACGAGCGCUCCGCUCACCUCGCCUGCGAAGCUGCUGGUUCCAUCCGUACAGUUGCUUCGCUUACCCGUGAGGAGGACUGCCUCCGUCUGUACAGCGAGUCGCUGGAGGGCCCGCUCCGGGAUUCCAAGGUUAGCUCGUUCUGGUCCAACUUGCUCUUCGCGGCCACGCAGGCAAUGUCUUUCUUCGUUAUCGCGCUCGUUUUCUGGUAUGGCUCGCGCCUCGUCUCGACUCAGGAGUUCGGCACUUUCCAGUUCUUCGUCGCGCUUCAAACGACCGUCUUCGGUUCCAUACAAGCCGGCAAUGUAUUCUCGUUCGUGCCCGACAUGUCCUCUGCUAGGGGUGCCGCGGCGGACAUUGUCGACCUCCUGGACUCCGAGCCCAGCAUUGACGCCGACAGUACCGAGGGCAAGAUCCCGCAGAAUGUCAAGGGCCGGAUUCGCUUCGAGAACAUCCACUUCCGGUAUCCCACCCGCCCCGGUGUGCGCGUUCUGCGCGACCUCAACCUCACUGUUGAGCCUGGCACCUACGUGGCGCUUGUCGGCGCGUCAGGAUGUGGAAAGAGUACGACCAUCCAGCUCGUCGAGCGGUUUUACGAUCCGCUUGCGGGCACCGUCUACCUCGAUGAACAGCCCAUCACGGAGUUCAACGUCUUCGAGUAUCGCAAGCACAUCGCUCUGGUCUCUCAGGAGCCAACGCUGUAUGCUGGCACCAUCCGCUUCAACAUCCUCCUUGGUGCGACGAAGCCCGCCGAAGAAGUCACACAAGAGGAGAUCGAGGCCGCAUGUCGUAAUGCGAACAUCCUCGAAUUCGUCAAGUCAUUACCAGACGGCUUCGACACCGAGGUUGGUGGUAAGGGCUCCCAGCUCUCCGGUGGCCAAAAGCAGCGUAUUGCGAUUGCGCGGGCGCUGCUGCGGAAUCCGAAGGUGCUGCUACUUGAUGAGGCGACGUCUGCGCUCGACUCGACCUCGGAGAAGAUUGUGCAGGAAGCACUCGACAGUGCUGCCAAGGGCCGGACAACGAUCGCGAUUGCGCAUCGUUUAUCGACCAUCCAGAACGCAGAUUGCAUAUACUUCAUCAAGGAUGGCGCAGUCAGCGAAUCUGGCACCCACGACGAGCUCAUCGCGCUGCGUGGGGGCUACUACGAAUAUGUCCAGAUGCAAGCACUCAGCAAGAACUAAUAGACAGGCAUCUUUUCACAAGAUUCCGUCCGCACGUACUAUCCUGUAGAUGGGACUCACGACCUUUCCAUUGACGCAACGCUCUCACGCUGUCCGAUGACGCCCUCACCCCCUCUCUCGGAUUAAUCCACUUGCAUGACAUUGCAUUUCUCGGGCACACCCCUUUCAUCCGUAUAUCAAUUUAGUUGCCAACGUUAGUUUGGUUACUUUCGCACUUAGUGUCAUGUAGGGAUCUUUGGGCCAGCAGCGCCAUCGUUGCUAUAAGACUUUUCUGGAACGUGGAAUGGCGAAC